AUGACGGUGCAGAAGGAAAAGCGACUGACCAUCUCCAUCCAGGAGCACAUGGCGAUCAACGUCUGCCCCGGCCCCAUCCGGCCCAUCAGGCAGAUCUCGGCCUACUUCCCCCGCCUCUCCCCGACGUCCUCCGUCUGCGAUUCGCUCUCGCCGAGCCAGACAGGCUUUCCAUCUGUACCGUCUGCUGGGGGAACGUCGGCGGGAGGGGGACUCCUGUCUCCGCUGUCUCCGAGGGCAGCAGCAGGUGGAGGGAUGCUGUCUUCCACCAACAGAAUGGAAACAUCAGUGGAGAUCGACAGCUGCGACAGCGACGAUAAUACAUCAUUAGGAACUCUGGAGUUUGAUCUUCUCUAUGAAUCAGCCACAAGUUCCCUGCAUUGCACCGUCCUUCGAGCCAAGGGCCUGAAGCCGAUGGACUUCAAUGGUCUGGCUGACCCUUAUGUGAAGCUCCAUCUGCUCCCAGGUGCCUGCAAGGCGAACAAGCUGAAGACAAAGACAGUGAAGAACACGCUGAAUCCUGUCUGGAAUGAGACGCUCACCUACUGCGGCAUCACAGAGGAAGACAUGUGCAGAAAAACACUCAGAGUAUCCGUGUGUGACGAGGACAAGCUGACGCAUAACGAGUUCAUUGGAGAGUCGCGCGUGGCCUUACGGCGGGUCAAGCCUGACCAGCCCAAACACUUCAACAUCUGUCUGGAACACCCACCGCCUCUGCCGUCUCCGACCGCCAUGACCACCGCGCUCCGAGGGAUCUCGUGCUACCUGAGAGAGUGGGAGACAGAGCAGCAGCGCAGUUUGGAAGAACGGGGUCGCUUGCUGCUGUGUUUGCAGUUCCUCCCUCCGACUCCAGAAGAGGGCGACGUUCCUCCUGAACCAAAGGAAAGAGCGAAGGGGGGUCUGUGUGUUGGCGUCAAACGCUGCGCCCACCUGGCAGCCAUGGACGUCAACGGACUGUCCGACCCCUACGUCAAAACGUACCUCAAGCCAGAUGUGAAGAAGAAAUCAAAGCACAAGACAGCCGUGAUUAAAAAGACGCUGAACCCUGAAUUUAAUGAGGAGUUUUUCUAUGAGAUUUCGUUGAAUGAACUGUCGACUAAAACUCUGGAGGUGACCGUGUGGGACUACGACCUUGGAAAGUCCAACGAUUUUAUCGGGGGCGUGUCUCUGGGCUGUCACUCGCAGGGCGACGCCCUCCAGCACUGGAUCGACUGCCUGAAGAACAAAGGCAAGAAGGUGGAGCGCUGGCACACGCUGACCAACGACCUGCCUGGAUCCACCUGCUAG